AUGACUUUGAUGGGCCCUACGCCCCAAACGACGACGUGGACGUCCUACCUCGAACAUCUUCGGGACUUCAAGACCAUCCGAAACGCUGGUAUCAGUUUUCAGUGUGACGACCUUCAACCGUAUUCUAAGUACUAUCAUUGGUACUACGUGGAUCUUCAACGUCUGCCGGACGACGCAACGAAUGGACUCAUCUACGACUGGUUUGCCAACAAGGGACAGACCCCGGUGUACAUCACGCCGGCUCAUGUUGUAGGCGGUCUCCGCUCGCGCAGUCGACGAGUCUACUUUAACCAAAAGCUGCCCCUGACAUCCGUCAUGCUGGACAAACGCACCCCGCUCCGCCAGAUCCAGAUCACGGGUCAAGGUUACUCGGUGGUGCAUCAUCAAAACCGCGCUUACAAUAGCGUCAUUCCACCUUUCAUCAAGGAACUUCGCGAAAAAGGACGACAGGCUCGCCAGCCCAAGCCUGUACCGCCAGCCUCAGAUGCGGACGACACAGGCACCGCAUAG